AGAGAAAGAGAGAAGAGGGAUUGCUAGCUGUAACCUGCCUGUCAGUCGAGCAGCCUUCUUGCAUGAUAGUGGUGGAGAGAAGGAUUGAUUUGGUCUAUGGAGGAGGGAGCGUGGGAUUGAUGGGUCUUGUUUCUCAGGCCGUUCAUGAUGGUGGGCGCCAUGUUCUAGGGGUGAUUCCAAAGACCCUAAUGCCAAGAGAGAUAACUGGAAAGACAGUUGGAGAAGUUAGAGCUGUGUCUGAUAUGCAUCAAAGAAAAGCAGAAAUGGCCCGGCAAGCUGAUGCCUUUAUUGCUCUUCCUGGUGGGUAUGGCACUCUUGAAGAAUUGCUUGAGGUUAUUACAUGGGCUCAGCUUGGAAUCCACCGCAAACCUGUGGGUCUUCUGAAUGUUGAUGGUUACUACAACUCCUUAUUGUCUUUUAUCGAUAAGGCCGUUGAUGAAGGCUUUAUCUCCCCAACUGCUCGUGGAAUUAUCGUUUCUGCCCCUACAGCCAAACAAUUGGUCAGACUACUCGAGGAUUAUGUGCCGGAGUACGAUGAGAUAACGUCCAAAUUGGUAUGGGAGGAGGUCGACAGACUAACCUACGUGGCCGAAUCAGAAGUUGCCACGUGA